AUGAAAAUUCUAUAUAUAUUAUUAGGCUACCUUAUUAACCAUGUAAAUUCAAAGUGCGAUGAAUUGAUCACACAACCUUAAAUCACUUGUUAUUAAUUCACAUCAGAAUGUUAUAUUUUAGAAGGAGAUGAAGAAGAUUAUUAAGAACUCCAGCACAUCAAUACUCAAAUUGUAUAAAAGUCAUUCUAAAUUCCAUUUAAAGAAGAACCAAUAUUAAUAAGAGUAAUCAAUUCUUUGAAUCAAAAUAAAAUAUAAGAGAAGUUGUUAUGCUCCUUAUUUGUUAAUAUCGAUUAUUAUAUCACUUGUAUGGGAUUUGAUUUAAUUUUGUAUGAGGAAUAAACUAAUUAUAGUGAAUUAAUUAGAAUAGAUACAAAAAUAUUAGCUAAUGAACACUGUGAUGAAUUAUUUACAAAUUAAGAUGGAAGUUUAAGUUUAUUUUGUCUUGGUUCGUCAUCAUUAAAAUAAUAUUACUUGGAUUUUUAAAGGAGUGUGACUUUAAGUUUGGAAUAUGAUGUCUCAGACCAAAUAGAGGAUGGAUGCAAAAAAAAAUAAAUCAGAAGGAACGAAGAAUAAUAUUUAAUUGUGUUUUAUCAAUGUUUGAGAUGGAAAAUUAUGUAAAUUAAAAACAAUCAAUCUCACACUUUGUUCGAUGCUUCAAUGAAGUCUUAGAAUAUUUAGUUAUCAAACCUUUCUUUAAUUGAUGACGUGACUUAUUGCGAACGUAAUCAAUAAACUUAUAGUAUCAUUUUGAUCCAAGAUAAUUUUUAUGUGUUAAUACAUCUUAAUUAUUAUGAAACAAAAAAUCUAAAUUACUUUUUAAUACAAUAGACAAAGAAAAUUCAAAAAAUAAUAUUCUAGCAGAAAUGCUCAAUGAUUAUUUUAGUGAAUGAAUUAGAUAAAACCAAUUCAUCUUUAAUUCAAACUUAAAAAUAAUUAGAAAUCAUUCUGGAUUAAAAAUAUUCAAUGGACAAUAUUCACUUCCAUUCAAAUCUUCUUUUUUUAUAAAACUAAUUUGAAUUGAAUAUAUUAAUAAAUGCUCGCAUUAAUUAGACAUAUCAAAUUUGCAACACUUCAUUAUACUUCUUUGAUUCUAAUAAUUUAUUCUCUUAAUUUGAUUAAACCAAAAAAGUAUUGUAAUUUUAUUAAUACAAACCAUUAAGUGCUUUUAUAAAACCUAGGCAAAAGUUUGUCUAUGUAAUUGAGAGAAACAAUUUAUUUAAAAGUGAUGAUAUUGUUUAGUGUUUUAGAAUUUUAGAGGAUAAUAACAAUUAGAAAGAAAAAUUAUAAUUUACUGAGUUGAUGGAAUUUCAAAAUAAUUGUCAAACGAAGUACUAAAGAUUAUUGAUAACACAGAACUUUAAAUACUUUAAUAAUGCUAAUGCUACUUUUGAUUUAAAAAAUAGUGAUGGAAGUAUUAGUGUAAGUAUCAGCAAAUAUUAAUACUCUCAACAAAAUUGUUUAAUAAGACUUUAUAAAUCUUACUUCUAGCAUAAGGUUUAGUUAAAACAAAUAAUAAAUGACUAUGUUUGUUUUCAAUAUGAAUCAUAUUUUUAUAUCUAUGAUUGCAAACAACUUAAACUUUCAAACUCAGUAAACUUAGAUUAAUAUUAUGUACUUGAAUCAUAAUUGGUAUAUUAUUUUGUCAGCAGAAAUAAUAAGAAUAAUAAUGUGUUGAGAGGAGUUAAAUUUUAAUUAGAAUCUCUUUUGUAUUUCAAUAUCUAAUUAAACAAUGUAAUUACAAAUGUUAAGCAAGUUUCUUAAAAUGCAUUUAUUUACACAAAGGAUUCUGAUUUGCCACUUAUUAUGUCAACAAAUCCUGAGAAAAAACCAUUCUACAAAUAUCUAUCAAAGAACCUUUAUUAACCUGGACCUAUUCUAUUUUAUUUUGAGAAUGAAAAUUCAAAAUUUAUUCAAUACGCAAAAAUGUUAGCUAUUUCAAAUAAAGAACAUCUUAAAUGUUAUCAAAUUCAAGAAUAAUUAAUCAUUUCAAUUUAAAAAUUAUAACCCUGUUACUUGAUUUUUGCAAUACAAAAUUCAACUCAAUCUCUAAUUCUAAAUUAUUUCUGGGAUGACGAACUACAUUAGAUUAAAAACUACACUUUUAAAGAUUUUUAAUUUUACUAUCCUUUUAAGUACUCAAUAAAUACUGAUAGCUUAGCUAUCUUACUUGAAUAAAAUAAUUCGUUAUCUAUAGCCAUUUUUUAAUAUAAUCUGUCUGUGUUAUAAUUUAUUGAAAUUAUUGCAACUGACGAUUCUUUUUUUUAAUUUGAUUAAUUUCGUAUAUUGUUUUCUUUUGAAAAAGUAUGGAUGUACUCAUUCGUGAAAAUAUUUUUAGUCAAUUUAGAGAUAGAGAAUCUUUAUUAAAAUACCUUAAAAUCAAACUUUUCAAUGAACUUAAAAGAGGAGGAGGGUAGUAUUGAAUUAAAGAUUUCAAUUUAAAAUCAAUGCUAUGAGUUAUACUCUCUCAUGAAAUCAUCUCUAAUUGAAAUUUAAAACAAUAAAAGGCUAAAAUUAAAUUUUUCUGAGAUGUUUUAUGGCCCAAUCAGUAAUUUGACACUUAUUAAUAAUUCAAACGUUAUUUUGAAGGGACCAAUUAUAUAUAAGGAAGAACUUUUAAAUUGUGCUGAAUAAACCUCAACACUAUGUUAUAGAUAAUAUCAUUUUCAAUCAUUAAAACCAAAGUAAAGUUUUAGAGUGAUUGUUUUGGAAAAUUACUUUAUUAAUGUAAUAAAGGAUUAUCUUUGGAAUUAAUUUUAUAUGACUUGGAUAGAAUAGCAAUAUUAUCUUUGCAUCUCACAAUUAUUUGACGAUCUAAAUAUUGAAUUAAUUCAAUGUACUGAAAAUUAAUAUGAGUUUUGUAAAUUGAUCUCAAAUAUUAGUCAUAAUUUUAAUAUAAAUUUGACUAAUAUUGCAGACACAAUAAGAGUUGGUAAUUUAAUAAAGCUUAAGCCCAAAGAUGAUAAUAAUAAUGCUAUUAUUUUUAUUGAUGGUAUCAAUUUUAAUUUCUAUAUUGUAACUGGCAUUAUUUUAGAUAUCCUAUAUAUUGAAAAAUCAAAUGAUUAAUAUCUCUUUCUAUAGAAAGAUAUCAAUAUCUGGUUUGAUUUAUAAUUGGCUGUGUACAAGAUCAAUUUAAACAAAUGAAAUUGAUAUACUCAUUAAAAAUUACCAAAAAAACUUUUUCAGAAUUGUUUAAAAAAAGUAGCAAUUUUAAUGAAUAUGAUUUCACAAUUAAAUUGGUCUCAUGUAAAUAAUCUGAAAAUGUAAUUAAUAUAAAACUUUUCAUUGUGAAACAAUUGUUUUCAGAAUUAUUCUAAUUAAAUAUAAAUUAAAAAAACGAUAAAAUUGAAUUAUUAUUGUAAAAAUAGUUUAGAAAUUAAAUUCCCUAUAAUAAUUCUUAAAAUUAAGAUAUGAUAAUUUAAUAUAUAGAUGAUACCCAUAUAAUUUUAAAAUAAACUCAGAAUGCUCUCUCUCAUUUUUAUGAUGUUUAAGAAGAUAGAUAAUUCUAUGAUUAUUUCCAUAAAACGAUGUUUAAUAGGGAAAUAAUAAGACUAAAUACUACUCAUUUGAUUUUCGCUGAUUAAUAAUUUCAAUAAUUAUAAAUAGGAACAAUAGGAUAUGAAUUAGAAAUAUAAAAUAGUGAUGAAAUUGAAUAACAUUGUCAAUUAUUUGCUUAAAACGAGAUAUCAAAUGCAAUAGUAACAUUAUAAAUACAUAUAAUUAAAAAUAACAAGAUGUUUACAAAUAGAAUUUUAUACAUUUAAAUAACUUGUUUCCUUUUUAUCCUAAUUUACACUAGACAAAUAAAGUAUAAAUCUAAAAAUCAAAAGCAAUAAUAAUAUGCAUGA